AUGGAUGCCUCCAGCUCGUGCUCUGAUCCACACCCAUUUGGUUCGUUGUCCGAUGUUUCUCCCACGACAGCCCAAAGAGCCAUCAAUUCCGACGAGGAGAUUAUUUUGUCGUCGAGCAGGCCGAAGAAGCGAGCUGGGAGGAAGAAGUUCAAGGAGACGAGACACCCGGUUUACAGAGGCAUAAGGAGGAGAAGAUGGAAUUCCAACAAGUGGGUUUGCGAGCUACGCGAGCCCAACAAGCAAUCGAGAAUAUGGCUAGGAACGUAUCCUACUGCGGAGAUGGCGGCUCGAGCUUACGAUGUUGCUGCAUUGGCGUUAAGGGGUCAUUUGGCUUGCUUGAACUUUGCUGACUCCGUCUGGCGUUUGCCCGUCCCGGAGUCCAGGGAUGCCAAGGACAUCCGUAAAGCUGCAGCUGAGGCGGCGGAAAUGUUCAGGUCCCAAGAAGAAUGUGAUAAUACCAAUUCUGAGGCUUCUGCUAGCGGAAGCGGGAGCGAUACGAGUUCGAUGUUUAUGGACGAUGAAGCUCUGUUUGACGUGCAUGGGUUGAUGGCACACAUGGCAGAAGGGCUUUUGCUGUCUCCACCUCAUUGCUUAGGAGAUGGUUAUAGUUUUGAUGACGUGGAAAAUGAUGCUGAAGUGCCAUUGUGGAGUUAUACAUUUUAAUUUGAGUCGUAAUCUAAAGUCUAAACCCACCCCCCAAAAAAAAACCUAGUACUAUUGGCUAUUGCUUCUUGGCGUCAAAGGUCUCAAAGGCGGCCCACCAGCUAGCUUCCUGUAUAAUGUAGAGUGAGUGAUUCGAACA